UCAGAUAUGACACAUGUGUUAGAUGUGGUUUGUGGACACGUAUCCGAAAUAAUUUUGUUUAAUUUCCUAAUAAUAAAGACAUUUUUACUGAAAUCUAGGUAAUAUUUACAUUGAAUCCGAAGACUGUGUUACUUGGCGUUUAUAUAAAUAUCAUUGAAGUGUAUAAAUAAGCACCAUGGGGGAGCAACCCUGUUACACAUUGAUCAAUUUCCCAACUGAUUCUGAGCCUCACAAUGAAAUGCAGUUGAAGCUUGAUUUAGAAAAAGGAGAUAUAAAGAAAAAAAUAGAAGCAUUAAAAAAAGUCAUCAGCAUAAUCCUGUCUGGGGAGAAGAUCCCUGGCCUGCUGAUGAUCAUCAUCAGGUUUGUGCUGCCGCUACAAGACCACACCAUCAAGAAGCUGCUGCUCAUCUUCUGGGAAAUUGUGCCCAAGACCACUCCUGACGGCAAACUUAUGCAGGAGAUGAUCCUAGUCUGUGAUGCUUACAGGAAGGACUUGCAACACCCUAAUGAGUUCCUUCGAGGGUCAACACUUCGGUUCCUGUGCAAGCUGAAGGAGCCCGAACUGCUGGAGCCCCUGAUGCCCACCAUCCGGGCUUGUCUGGAGCACAGGCACUCGUAUGUCAGGAGGAACGCCGUGCUGGCGAUAUUCACUAUUUAUCGGAAUUUCGAGUUCCUGAUCCCGGAUGCGCCGGAGCUAAUCGGCACGUUCCUGGAGAGCGAGCAAGACAUGUCGUGCAAGCGUAACGCGUUCCUGAUGUUGCUGCACGCGGACCAGGAGCGCGCGCUCGCGUACUUGGCGGACAGGCUCGACCACGUGCACGCGUUCGGUGACAUACUGCAGCUGGUCAUAGUGGAGCUGAUAUACAAGGUGUGCCACGCGAAUCCAUCUGAGCGUUCCCGCUUCAUCCGCACGGUGUACGGGCUGCUCAACGCGCCCAGCGCCGCCGUGCGGUACGAGGCCGCCGGCACGCUCGUCACGUUGUCUUGUGCGCCCGCGGCGAUUAAGGCAGCAGCAGCGUGCUACAUAGACCUCAUAGUGAAGGAAAGCGACAACAAUGUCAAGCUGAUCGUAGUGGGCAAGCUCAGCGCCUUGCGCGCCGCUAGUGGCGAAGCUGGUUCCAGGGCUCUGCCGGAUCUCGCUAUGGAUGUGCUGCGAGUUUUGGCAGCUUCUGACUUGGACGUGCGUAGACACACGCUGCACCUUGCGCUGGAGUUGCUGACGUCUCGUCACGCGGAAGAGCUGGUGAGCACGCUACGCAAAGAAGCAGCGCGCGCGCAACUGGCUGAUCACGACGACGCGCAGAAGUACCGACAAUUACUCGUGCGCGCGAUGCACCGUGCUGCGCUUAAGUUCCCCGAAGUGGCCAGCUCGGUGUCUCCAGCUCUUCUGGAGCUGCUGGGCGACGGCAGCGAGCUGGCAGCGCAAGACGUGCUGACGUACCUCCGUCACGCGCUCUACGCCUUCCCCGAACAACGUCCCAAGGUCUAUGCGAAACUCCUGGAGUGCAUCAGCAGCAUCCGCGUGGGAAAGAUAGUCCGCUCGGCGCUGUGGCUGCUGGCGGAGUUCGCGGAGUCGGCGGCCAGCGCGCGCGCAGCUUUGGACGUGCUCGCCGCCGCGCUGCCCGCGCUCGCGCAAACGCAGGACGACACCAAACCGGAAGGAGAAAAGACGGAGACUGAAAAGAACGCUGGGAAAGAGAGGGAAGCCCCGACACGGACGCUUGUCACUAGUGACGGCGCUUACGCCACGCAAUCAGCCUUCAACUUGCCCAAAGCACAAUCAACAGACAGCAGUGCAGGUGGUUUAAGCAGUGCCUUACGCGAGGGAGAAAGUUUCACCGCGGCGUGCGCGUGCUCCGCGCUGGCCAAACUUGCUCUGCGCAUGGACGACCCCGUGCAGGCCAACCGCGCCUUGCAUCUCGCCGCGUCGCUGUUAGCCUAUCAUAAGCAGAAUGCGGGCACAACGGGAGCAAGCAGCGGUCUAACCGCGGACGACAUGGAGCACGGAGCUACAUGCGUGCGCGCCGCCGCGGCUAAGCCCGCUGUCAUUAAGGACGCUCUGCUCGGCGGCUCGCGGAACGCCCUCGCCGCUCUCCUGGCGCUGCCUGAUCGCGCUGCGCCCUCUUUACUGCCCGAAGCCGAGCAACAGCAGGAGCGGUCGGACCGCGAGGCGCGCGACGCGCGUCGCGUGGACGUGGAGACGGGCAUCAACUUCGCGGUGUUGGCGGGCGCGGCCGCCGCGGCGCAUCACGAUAUGUUCGAGCUCUCUCUCAACAAGGCGCUGCAAGGACGCACGACAGCGUCAGAGGAGCGCGGCAAGCUGUCGAAGGUGACGCAGCUGACGGGCUUCUCAGACCCCGUGUACGCAGAGGCUAUCGUCGCGGUUAACCAGUACGAUAUAGUGUUGGACGUGCUAGUUGUCAAUCAGACAGAUGAUACUCUACAAAAUUGUACAGUAGAGCUGGCAACUCUGGGAGAGUUGCGUUUGGUGGAGAGGCCGGCAGGCGUAGUAUUGGCGCCGAGAGACUUUGCCACCAUCCGCGCACACGUUAAAGUGGCCUCCACCGAAAAUGGCAUCAUCUUCGGCAACAUUGUGUACGAAGUGAGCGGCGCAUCGAUGGACCGCGGCGUGGUGGUACUCAACGACAUCCACAUCGACAUUGUGGACUACAUCCAGCCGGCCGCGUGUAGCGACGCAGACUUCCGUCACAUGUGGGCGGAGUUCGAGUGGGAGAACAAGGUGUCCGUGAACACGAACAUCACGGAUUUGCGAGAGUACCUGCAGCAUCUCCUCGCUUCUACCAACAUGAAGUGCCUCACGCCGGAUAAGGCGCUGUCGGGUCAGUGCGGGUUCAUGGCAGCGAACCUGUACGCGCGCUCUAUCUUCGGCGAGGACGCGCUCGCCAACCUCAGCAUCGAGACGCCCCUGCACCGCGCCAACGCGCCCGUGGUGGGCCACGUCAGGAUCCGCGCCAAGACACAGGGCAUGGCUCUGAGCUUGGGCGACAAGAUCAACAUGAUGCAGAAGUGUCCUCCGCAGAAGCAGCCCGACCCCAUCGCCGCCGCGUGAAUACUAACCUAGAUAAGUUUACAUAACCUACCGUUUUAGUUCUCUUUCUAAACAUAAUUAGUAGUCUAUUGGUGCUGAUUCUUACCUCAACUAAAUUUUAGAGUAUUCGCAUUCUUUUCUUACUAAUGUAAUACGAAAAAGACAUACACAGUUUGACAGGCUGAAAAAUAUAAAACUGUCAAACUUCAUGACUAGCUGCCAGUCGCAAGCCUAUUGUUUAAAGUAGGGUGCACUAAAAUUUAGAGUCUUUAAUUGUAAAAUACAUGUUCUGUCCUUUUUUAGCAUUAUCAAAAAGAAAAAGACGCAGAAACUCUAAAUUUAGUUAGAGAUAGACAAUAGAAUCGGCGCCAUUAUCUACUU